AGAAAAGAUCUGGUGAUCUGUCCUCAUCAACAUUACAGCCACGAAAACCCUAUGGGGCCGUUCUCUUCUGUCCUAUAGCGUCACUGUGAGUUGGAAUGUACUCAAUGGCACACAACGACAACAGAAGAGAUGGACAUAUACAGGAAGGUAAUAUGUUUAAAAUUUCAGUUGACAAAUACUGAUUUUGUUCUUCUGUGGACCAAGUUCUUUGCUGGGCACAGGGGAUAAAUCAGAACAGGACUCAGUUCCUGCCCUCCCAGCACGAGCAAUCUAAGUUUAUUGCAGGGAGUUGACAAGAUCCCAUUUUAAGAAAAUGCUGCAGAGGAAUCCAAGUAGAUUAACUAAAGCCCUGGAUGAGGACAAGAUCUUUGAAGAGACAUUGCAAGAUUUGAUGAGCACAUUCUGAAUCCCAGGACUGGGAAUAGCCAGUGGGCUACAGGCGUGAUGUGGGUAUUACUGAUGAGAUCCCAGCCCUACAGACUGUGUUCUGUCAGAAAGAUGUUACCGACUCCAAAAUACAGACCUUUUUUAGCAUGCUUCACCUAUACAACUGAUGGACAGUCAAACAAAGAAAAUAAAAGAACAGUGGAAAAGCUCUGUAAAUUUUCGGUUGACAUAAGGAAAAUUCGCAGACUAAAGGGAUGGGUACUUUUGGAAGGUGACACCUAUACUGAAGAAAUUGUAAAUAUUUUACAAGAACUAGGAGCUGAUGAAACUGCGAUAGCCAGCAUUUUGGAACGCUGCCCAGAAGCAAUUGUUUAUAGUCCAGCCACUGUUAACACCCAGAAAGAACUCUGGCAGUUGCUCUGCAAAAAUGAAGAGGAGUUAGUUAAGUUAAUAGAACAGUUCCCAGAAUCUUUCUUUACCGUUAAAGAUCAGGAGAACCAGAAGCUGAAUGUUCAGUUCUUUCAGGAGUUGGGGCUCAAGAAUGUCAUCAUUAGCAGGUUUUUAACAACCGCACCUAAUAUUUUUCAGAAUCCUGUUGAGAAGAAUAAGCAAAUGAUAAGGAUUCUCCAAGAAAGUUAUCUAAAUUUAGGUGGCUCUGAAGUCAACAUGAAAGUUUGGCUACUAAAAUUGCUAAGCCAGAACCCAUUUAUUUUGUUAAAUUCUUCUGCAUCUAUAAAGGAAACAUUGGAAUGUCUCCAGGAGCAAGGUUUCACAGACUCUGAAAUUCUCCAGCUUCUCUCCAAACUCAAAGGAUUCCUUUUUCAGCUUUGCCCAAGAAGUCUACAGAACAGUAUUUCUUUCUCUAAAAAUGCUUUUAAAUGCACAGACCAUGAUCUAAAGCAAUUAGUUUUGAAAUGUCCUGCCCUUUUAUAUUAUUCUGUUCCAGUUUUGGAAGAACGAAUUCAGGGAUUAUUGAAAGAGGGGAUUUCCAUACCUCAGAUAAAAGAGACGCCAAUGGUUCUCGAAUUAACACCACAGAUAGUACAGUACAGGAUAAGGAAACUAAAUUCUUUAGGCUAUAGGAUAAAAGAUGGACAUCUAGCAAAUCUAAACGGAACAAAAAAAGAGUUUGAGGCUAACUUUGGUAAAAUCCAAGCCAAAAAAGGAAGGCCAUUAUUUAACCCUGUGGCACCAUUAAAUGUUGAAGAGUAACUUAACUAACUUACGCUGCUGCUGCUUACAGUGCAGAGUGCAACAUUAGCAAAGACUUAAAGCAGUUCAGGCAGUUUGUAGGCACCAGUAGUUGUAUAGACCUACUUAGCUUCUGAGUUGUAUUUAAAUUAGCUCUAAGUAAUCUGACUCAUGUACCGUAUUUGAAAUAAAGUUGGUAACUGUGACCUUGAGCUACUAUUUAAAAAACACUACUAAAAGGAGCCCCGGUGGUGCAAUGGUUAAAGCAAUUGCUAACUGAAAGGUCAGUGGUUCGAAACAACCAGUGGCUCUGCAGAAGAAAGAUGUGGCUGUCUGCUUCCAUAGAGAUUUACA